AUGCACCUAUCGUUGUUACGACUUAUGAUGCUUCUCAAAUUCUCUCGAUUCUCUCUAGCCUCUGCAAUAAUCGACGAUAUCAUCUCGCUUCGCCUGGCCUUGUCGUCAACCUCAGGUCCACCUCCACUCAACUCUCUCGUAUCCCCUUCACCUAUCAAUAUAUCCGGGAACAACGCCAUAUACAUCAAAGUGUAUGCGUCAAAUCUGAAUUUAUUGAUGUCUCUUCAAGCUUCGCGCUCCAACCCAGAAGGCAUCUCCGAUAUCCUUAUCCCAAGUUUCAACCAGAGGUUGGCAGCAGGUGAAUGGUUCACUGCUAGAGUUUUUGCAUGUGGGUUGUUUCACAUUGCUUAUCCUAGUGCCUCAAAGAUGUUGAUGGCAGAAUUGAGGUCAAUUCAAGAUGACAUGCCUAUAGUUAGGAGAUCUGCCUCUACAAACAUGGGGAAAUUUGCUACUACUGUGGAACCUUCUCAUCUCAAGACCGAUGUCAUGCAAAUAUUUGAACAUCUUACACAGGAUGCUGAGCCUAGAAAGGGAAUAAGAAGUGUCUAUGUGCCUGGGAGCAAGUGCAUUCCUUUUGCUCAGGUGCUAGCGAAACCGAAUUACAACCUAGUUCUCUACUUUGCUGCUGAUAGGCCAAUAGCCAAAGACUCUCUGCAGGAAAUAUUUAUUAAUGGAACAAACACUUUUCGUGAUUCAAGAUUCAAAUUGAUUCCAAGCAUUGUGGAUGGGUAUCGGAUGGUCAAACGUGGAUCAAGAGCUUGCCUAUUAGGGAAAGUUGAAACGUGCAACUAUCUAAGACAAGAUAACUUUUUGGAGGUAAAUGUCUAA